AAGACAUGGAACUCAAUGCAGGAACUGAGCAGGGACAUCUACGACAUUUAUGCCGAGUAUGAAGACGAGGAGGACGAUAAUGCUCAGUAUGCCUUCUGCAAGCAGAUUUCACCCUCUAAGAAGAACUACAUGAUCAACAUCAAUGUAGGAGGGAAGCCAUAUCAAAUAGCCUACAAGACGGCCGCCAAGUAUCCCAAGACAAGAAUAGGACGACUGGCCACCUACACAGACCACAACAUGAAGCUGGACCUGUGCGACGACUACACCGUGACCAACAAUGAGUACUUCUUUGACAGGGACCCAGAUGUCUUCCACAACAUCUUCAACUUCUACAGGACUGGCGUGCUGUGGAUAAAGGACGAGCUGUGUCCCCGUAACUUCCUGGAGGAAAUCAACUACUGGGGCGUGAGGAUCAAGAACACCCACCGCUGCUGCCGCAUCUCCUUCGAGGAGCGCCAGGACGAGCUGAACGAACAGCUGAAGAUCCAGAGGGAGCUGGAGGCGGAGGUGGAGAUCGAGGAGAAUGAGGAGCUCUUUCACGACAUGUUCAUGGGCCACGAGCGCAGAGCGAUCUGGAACUUGAUGGAGAAGCCAUUUUCGUCCAUCAAGGCCAAGCUGAUGGCUGUGGCCUCCAGCCUGUUUGUCGUGGUCUCCCUGGUGGCCAUGACUCUCAACACAGUGGACGAGAUGCAAUACAGAACUCACAAAGGUCAGCUCAGUGGUAAGACGUACUGGGAAUAUGUGGAGUCCAUGUGCAUCGCCUUCUUCACCAUGGAGUACCUGCUCCGUCUGGUGUCCACACCUGACAUCAAGUCCUUCAGCAGGAGUGUGCUCAACACGGUGGACCUGAUCGCAAUCCUGCCCCAGUAUGUGCAAGCUGUCUUGGAGUUCUUUGACAAUCACGAGAACUACAUGAAGCAUGAGGCUGACAUGCAGGCGGUGGGGCAGGUGGGUAAACUGGGCCAAGUUUUGCGGAUCAUGAGACUGAUGCGGAUUUUUCGCAUCUUGAAACUGGCUCGACACUCCACAGGCCUGCGGGCGUUUGGCUUCACUCUGCGUCAGUGCUACCAACAAGUGGGCUGCCUCUUCCUUUUCAUCGCCAUGGGCAUCUUCAGCUUCUCAGCCAUGGUUUACACUGUGGAGCAUGACAUGCCACAGACAAACUUCACAAGCAUUCCUGCUGCAUGGUGGUGGGCAGCUGUCAGCAUCUCCACUGUGGGCUACGGAGACGUCUACCCAGAGACCAUACUUGGUCGUCUCUUCGCUUUCAUCUGCAUUUCUUUUGGGAUCAUCCUCAAUGGCCUGCCCAUAUCCAUCCUCUUCAACAAGUUCUCAGACUAUUACUCUAAACUCAAGUCCAAUCAGUACACAGCCGCCGUGAAAAAUCGAGGGAAGGUGAGAUUUGCCAAGAGGACAAUGAAAAGUUUCAACCGCUGCUUUAGUGGCCACCAGUGACACAUACAUUGAUUUCUUCUAUGACUUUUUUAUCAUGAAAUAAUAUGCUUGCCUAUACAAUUGUGCAAAACAAAUUGUAUGUGAUGGGGAUAAUUAUCUUAAACGGGAAUAAAAGAUGACUGUUUAAUCCCCAGUAGUAACACAUCUGGCUGUACAUUCCUGUAAAUUGGCAGCUUUUGUUGUUGAGAAGCCGGUAAGGGAUCAAAAAUGCUGAAGGCUAUCUACGCUCGCUCCAGGCCAGCUAGCAGUGAAAAGGACUGCAGCUUUGGCAUUACAAUAUGGAGUGAACAAGGGGGAGAACAAUUAAGCAGUGUGGCUGGCUGAUUUUGUAAAAUAUUUGCUUUUUGUAUACAGAUAACCAUAUUUUAUAUAUGCUUAAUUUCUCAGUCAAAAGAAAAAAUUACAACAAAAAAUGCAAGAAAUAUUCACAAGUAGUUCAGUCUAGCUAUAAACAGCUAUAUCAUAAAUCUAUAUUAUCAUACAGAGAAAUACACAAAACAGGGUUCAUUUUCAGUGAUCUGUAGGUCUUCAACCUAAAAAAUUAAAUUAUGUGUACAAGCAUUCUUCCAACCCUUACAACAGAAAAUGUCAAAUAUACUUGAUCAAAUAUGUCAGGAAGAAUUUGGGGGAAAUAUGUAUAAAAUGAUGCAAAACACCUCAACAAUAUUUCCAUCUGAUGUAAUGGUGCAUCUGCACAAAUGUGAAUCUUUCUCUCUAUAAUUAUCAUGUGGCUUCAGUGAAGUUUGAACAAGUUUAUAAGGAAUAUUUUUAUAUUUGAUAUUGUCACCCAAUGCGGAUGUGAAAGAUGUUUAAACUAAAUAUGUUUUAAAAGCUGUACUCCUGCUUUCCACAGAUUUACACAGUGAAAGUGUAUUAUUGUAAAUGACUGUUUGGGUGAAGAGGUCGGUUUGGCACAUUGGGGAAUAAAUAGAGGAGCUUUGAAUAUCACUACGCUGUAGCAUCUCUCAGAGCAUUGACCUUUUUCUUAUCUACAACAAAACCAUAUCUAAUUUUGAAACAUGUACUUUUCAGAGACAGCUUAAUCAGGAAGCAGCUUAGAUCUGAACAACACAUAUGAGAAUCCUUCUAACUGCAGCUACAUUAUUGUGUAUGUUUGAUCUGCAGGGGCUUGCAAUAAGUGUAUUGAACCUUCUAAUACUGGUGCUGCUGUUCAAUAGUUCCGCCUAUUAAUUAUGCAGUGUGAUUUACUUGCAAUGCAUGCACACGAUGCAGUCUGAUAAUCUGUUUUCAAUAAACAACAUACUGCUCAUGAAA